UCCUCUUAGCAGACUUCAGGUAUUAGGUAUUGUGCUGAUCCACGCUGAAGAGCUGUCCUGCGGUGCGUCCUGCUUGACCUAUAGCAGCGCCCACAGCAUCCGUGCCUUUCCCUACAGCCCAGCUGUGAGACAGCAGCGCUCAACUCACCGCCGCGAGCAUCGUCUUUCAACCGGUCUGUGAGAGGAAACCUGCACCACAGAGAAAAUGAGAUGAAACAGUCUGAGAGAGAGUCCUGCAUACCCCUUCAUCUUUUGGGGGGAAAUUCUGGAUGUUCUGGGUGUCAUUGCCCUAAAAAACAACUCAGUGCCCUUUAGGAAACAUACUAGAAAAUGUUCCUGACUCGAAGAAAGAGACUUCAGCUCAGCAGGAUUAUAUUUCUUCUGUCUGGGGUUUUCCUUUGUUCUUUAUAUCAAUUCACUAUCAGAGCCAGACUUCCAGAAGCCUGGCCUGAGCCCCAGAUAGCAGGACAUGUAGAUGAAGGCUCUGGACUUGGUCUCGAACAAGGACUGUUGGAGAUGACAAAGACUAAUUUGACCACAGUUGAGCCAAAGAACACCAACCACACAGAUGGGGUCCAGCCGUCAGAGACAGCAACAUAUAUACCCGUCCAAACAACAUCUACAACAGAGACGCCUACAACAACCACAAACAGGACAAUUGUCCAUUGCAUUUAUGUGGAUCCAGACCUUCCGAAACCCACCCCAGUUCCUACUCCAGCAACCGAUACGACCACUCUGGUGCCCAACACUACAGCAUCCAGACCUGGUGAGGCACCACACAUGAAGGGCGAGUACCCGGAGGACAUCUUCUCCAUUGAGGAUCGACGCAAAGGCUGGGUCAUUCUCCACAUCUUUGGAAUGAUAUACAUGUUUGUUUCUUUGGCCAUUGUCUGCGAUGAGUUUUUCGUCCCUACAUUGGGGGUUAUCACAGACAAACUGGCGAUCUCAGAUGAUGUGGCCGGGGCGACCUUUAUGGCCGCUGGAGGCUCUGCUCCCGAACUUUUCACUUCCUUGAUCGGUGUCUUCAUUUCUCAUAGCAAUGUGGGCAUUGGAACCAUUGUUGGCUCAGCUGUCUUUAACAUCCUAUUUGUGAUCGGAAUGUGUGCGCUGUUUUCACGGGAGAUGCUUUACCUCACCUGGUGGCCUCUCUUUCGGGACGUGUCGUUCUACAUCCUCGAUCUCAUCAUGCUCAUCAUCUUCUUCUUGGACAACACCAUUAUGUGGUGGGAGAGUAUGUUGCUGGUGUGCGGUUAUGCUCUCUAUGUUACUUUCAUGAAGUUCAAUGUUCAGAUUGAGCGUGCCUUUAAAUCUCAGCUCAGGAAACACAAGAACAUUGUCAAAGUCAUCGCGGUGGAAGAACCUGAAAAGGACAAUGGGACUUCAGGUGAAGAGAACAGGCCGCCUGAACCAGAAGACAAGAAUCGAUUAAAGCUGAAGCCCACACUGCAGCGCGGGGGCAGUUCUGCCUCUCUGCACAACAGCACCAUGAGGAACACCAUCUUCCAACUGAUGAUUCACACACUGGAUCCUCUUGGAGAGGAGUCAGUGUUUAAUGGAGAUGCAAAGGCUAGAAGCUCUUUGGAAUGUAAAGUGAAAUUUAAAGACAAGGCUCAGAUUUUGAACGACAUGGCCCGGGGGAAAGUAGAGAACAAAAAGAAGGAAAAAUCUGGUGAAGGUGAUGGUCAAACGGAGCAGCCCAAUGAUUCCAAAGAAGCGGCCCCAGGAGCCAAAGAAGAAGACGCCAGUCAAAAGUCUGAGGCACAAAAGGAAGGAGACACUGCAGCAGAAGGAGGCUCAGAGAAGCCAGGAGGUUCAGGUGAUUCAGAGGAUGAUGAGGAAGAUGACAGUGAUGAAGACAGCGACGAAGACAGUGAUGAUGAUGAAGAUGAUGAUGAUAAUGAAGACGAGGCUGAAGGAGAUAGUGAUGAACCUCUGUCCUUAGAGUGGCCAGACACCAGACGUAAACAGGCCACAUAUUUGUUACUGUUGCCCAUUGUCUUUCCACUGUGGCUGACAGUUCCAGAUGUCAGAAACCCUGCAUCCAAGAAGUUCUUUGUCAUUACCUUCCUUGGCUCAAUAGUAUGGAUUGCUAUAUUUUCCUACCUUAUGGUGUGGUGGGCACAUCAGGUGGGUGAGACAAUUGGCAUCUCUGAGGAAAUCAUGGGUCUUACCAUUCUGGCUGCAGGAACAUCAAUUCCUGAUCUAAUCACCAGUGUGAUUGUGGCUCGAAAAGGCUUGGGAGACAUGGCUGUCUCUAGCUCUGUAGGCAGCAACAUAUUUGACAUCACCAUGGGGCUGCCAGUGCCAUGGUUGAUGUUCUCGUUCUGCCAUUCGUUUGCCCCAGUGACUGUGAGCAGUAAUGGGCUGUUCUGUGCCAUUGUGCUGCUCUUCCUCAUGCUCCUCUUCGUCAUUAUCUCCAUCGCUGCCUGUAAGUGGAGGAUGAAUAAAGUGUUGGGAUUCACCAUGUUCAUCCUGUACUUUGUGUUCCUGGUGCUCAGUGUCAUGUUAGAGGAUCGAAUCAUUAUAUGCCCCGUGUCCAUCUGAGCACACCUGUGGUUUUCACUCACAUCCAUGAGGAUACAAUCCUGUCAUUCGAAGCGUUCUGAACUAUAACUUAAUGUAUCACAUUUAAAGCAUCCGUGGACUCACUGUGUUGACUUAUUCUGUAUUACACAUGAUUUUUUUGUGAAGGGAUGCAAUAACUGUUAAACACUUUUUUUUUAGCUUGUGUUAAAAUUAAUGCAGUAAUGUCACAGGUCCUGUCCCAAAUGGUCACCAUUUGUGGUAUCCACACUUUAGUGAUGUAAUGCCAUAUGGAUUGUUGGCUGGUAGACUGCAUGUGGUCCCACCAGUGUGGGCUUUGCAAAAGGGCACAUUAAGGCCACAUACAGAGGCACACUUGAGCUCCCUUUUGAACUGUAAAAUGACAAAUAAGACACCCUACUACUGCCCUGUGGACUUGACAAACACACUAUGAUUAUGAUUGCGUAAUCAAAGGCCACAGAAGUGUUCCAUUCGAGACAGGGCCACAGGGUACUAAAUAUGGAAAAUCACUUUUUUUUUCUUAUAUGCUCACUUGAUGGUUUGAGAAAACCAAUGAUGCAAGUCAACCAUUAUUUUCCUAUUGGGUUUAUACCAAGACAUGCAUGUAAAACAUACGUUCACACUGUCAGUUUUUGGGAUUGAUAACCACAUUUACUGAGUCUCGAAAUGUCCUGUUCAAACAGCACAUUACAGUAGCAUCUCAAAUACUGUCUGUAUAAAUGUGCAAUGGCAGUCAAGCUCUUAUCUUACCAGUAAACUUAUCAAAUGUGACCAAAGUAAUAUCAAAGAUGGCGACGUCCAUAAAACUGAAAAGUCUUAUUAAUUUUGAUACAAGUAUCCAAUCGAGUUCAUCAGUCAAAUCUUCAUUAACCGACAGCAGGUUUUAUAUCUGUGUGAAGAGCGGAGAGUUUGAGUCGUGCGGGAGCAGCUCCGACUGGUGGAUCUAAAACAUUCAGAUGACACGCAUCUCAUAUCUCCAUCGCUUUAAGUUUCCGAAAGCGAAACCACACACGAAAACCCGAAACACACGGUAGAAACGUGUGUUUGCGGCUCUCUCGCACUGUAUGACGAGUCCGGUUCCGUUCACACAGCGCGGGUUUUCUGAGAAUGUGGUUGUGAGUCCUGAAAAUGUAUGGGUGUGAGUUUGGUUAUAGAAUGCUGUGUGUGAACGUAACCAGGACUCAAAUACAGGACUGACAUCCAUAUUCUGCUGCUGUGUGAACUUGGCGACACACAAAAUCACUGGUUACACCAGAAAUUUACAAUAAUAAAUGCACAAAAAUAUCGAUGUCCAGAAAUUAAUUUAUUGACAUAGAACAUGUUUAAUGCGAUAGUUGCAUCCUCACAUCUACUAUAAGCUAAUACAAUAUGUUGUUAGUCUCUAGUGUUUACAUUAGGCCUAGUGAAUAAAUACAUCCGCAUCAAUAAUUUGUGUAGCCUACUGGACUGUAGACUUUUUGUUAAAGGGAUAGUUCACCCAAAAAUGAAAAUUGUACAAUUUCGAAUGUACAACCACACCCUAAUCCUACCCUAACCCUACCCACAUCUCUACCUCUCCACCCCACUGGACAUCCAGAGAGGAGGAGCUGGCCAUCAUAGACUCUGCAGUGAGUACCAUUUGAAAUGAUGACAGAAUUUUCAUUUUUGGGUGAACUAUCCCUUUAAGGGUGCCAGAGGUUCUUGGUUCUGAUCCUCCCGUUUAUUUUUUUUUUCUCAUUAAAACCAAAGAUGUUCAUCAGUGAUUGUAUAUCAAGAGCAGGGACACGUUUAUGUGCAUUUUGUUUUGUGAUUUCACCGGAACAAAUAGGGAGUCUCCGCAACAGCGUUAAAGGGUUAGUUCACCCAAAAAUGAAAAUAAUGUCAUUUAUUCAUCAUUCAUCUUCGGAACACAAAUUAAGAUAUUUUUGUUGAAAUCCGAUGGCUCAGUGAGGCCUGCAUAGGGAGCAAUGACAUUUCCUCUCUCAAGAUCCAUUAAUGUACUAAAAACAUAUUUAAAUCAGUUUAUGUGAGUACAGUGGUUCAAUAUUAAUAUUAUAAAGCGACGAGAAUAUUUUUGGUGCGGCAAAAAAACAAAAUAACGACUUAUAUAUUGAUGGCCGAUUUCAAAACACCGUUUCAUUAAGCUUCGGAGCGUUAUGAAUCUUUUGUCGAAUCAUGAUUCGGAUCGCGUGUCAAACCGCCAAACUGCUGAAAUCACGUGACUUUGGCGCUCCGAACCGCUGAUUCGACACAAAAGAUUCAUAACGCUCCGAAGCUUCAGGAAGCAGUGUUUUGA